GGAAUGUUGAAUGUAGGUCGUAUUAAGUUUUAAUCAGCUCUGGUGCUACUGGCGCUGCCAACGUAUUUUCCGGAAAGCCCAUAUUUUUCCCAAUUUACAACUUUGGAUUGGCAAACACAUACUUCCAACUGUUCUUGUUAUUAGAUAUUUUGAUAUAAUGGAGUUCUAAAUAUGGUUUUCAACUACUUAAACCAAUCUGCGAUAAUUUUCAAGAGAAAAGUUCCUUCCACCGAUGGAAAACUCGCUAGUGCGCUAUCCCAUGAACGUUCAGCGCCCCAGCAUCUCAGAAAGAAAAGGUCAGGAUAAUAUUAAAUCCUAACUCCUUUGUAGAUGGCAAAAUGUGCACCAGCCUGCUGGGAUCUUCAUUAAGUCAGCGCUCUGCAGUCAACCGUUUUCAAGUCAGGUGCAGACAGUCAAAGAAGCGGUCUAAAGGAUUUUAUGAUCCGUGUAUUGAUUAUGAUGCAAUUCCCAUCAAUACGUACGUAGGAAAGAGUUCCGGGAAGAACUACUCUCCGGAAUCAAGCUACGAUGGCUACAUACACGGCUCCUGUCAGUUAACGCUCCUCCCUGGGUGUGCAUAUCUCAAGAAUAGUAGUAGUGAACUAUCACCAGAAUGGGAUGAAGUAUUCUCUGUAAGGAUUCCGAAUAAAGGUGACUUGGCAUGCCCCAUAUGUCUACACUCACCUGUUGCACCGCGGAUGGGUAAAUGUGGACACGUUUACUGCUGGCCUUGUGUAACACAAUAUAUAAAGUAUGAAAACGAUUCUACCAGCAAAAAGUGUGCCGUCUGCUCCUGCUUGCUACCGUUCGAUGAUUUAAAAAGGGUGUCACUCGUUCCAACUACGCAAAUAAAGCCGGGUGAUAAUUUGGAUUUCGCACUUGUGAGGCGCUCAGGAAGUGAGGUGACUCGUCGGUCAGCCACUGAAACAGAUGGGGCUACUGUUUUUCAGUGUGUAUGCGUCGCUGACAUUGCAUCAAUGAUGAAUUUCAAUGAGACGGAAACCAAUGAACUCCUAACAUACAAGACCAUAUGCGAAAUAGAUGGUAGCAACACCGAAAUUAUUCCUUUCAUUGACUUGGUUCUCGACAAAUUGAAGCAUGAAAACUGUGCUUUGCCUAACAGUUAUGGGGGUGUAAAUAAACUUCCUGACGGUGAUACUCAGAGUAAUCCUAAUAACGCUGCUAAUGACCUCUAUUUCUACCAAGUCACAGAUGGUCAGCCGAUAUACCUAGAUGGUCUUGCAUGGAGAUGCCUGUUGACUGAGUAUGGAGAUAUUAAAAACCUUCCAGAAGAGAUUAGUACAACCGUUGUCACGAUUAAAAACUGCCGAAUGAACCCAUUUCUUCGUAAACGGUUGCGAUAUCUCAACCAUUUACCAAAUGGAUAUGCUUUCAGUUUGGUAGAAAUCGAGUUAGAACCACCCCUGGUAUCAGAAGCAACUCUAGCCCACUAUGCAACAGUUCUAAAUAAUCGUGCAAUGGAGCGAGAUCGAAGUCGAUUGGAAGACCUAAAACUUACCGAGCUGAAGGAAGCAGCUGAAAAUCAGUUCACAUCUCUACCUCCAGGUUUCGUUCUGAGUGGUCAUGUCUCUUUGUCCGAAAAACAAGAACAACCUAAAAUGUCUGAUUUUGUCGCACUCUCAUCCGGGACGAACAGUUCGCAGAAAAAGAGUACAUUGCCAGUUAGUUUUGCAGAGGUUUCUCGUGCAGGCGCACUGAGCGUUGUUGGUCCAGAUCGUGUUGCUCAUUUCUCACGCAGUCCUCCGAAGCCACAGACUUCUAAAGGUUUUAAUAUCAAUUCCGAGUGCUGGCCUACGUUAGGAGAAUCCUCGAAAGCUCCAGCCAAUUUGAUCAGAAAACCAAGCAACGUCACAUCUAAUUCUGGAGAAUAAAUAAGGGUUUUGACUGACAAACAAUUUGUUUAAUGCCUAAACCGAAUUCUCAUUAUUACAUCUGAAGUAUAUCGCCAUUUGUGCAGGACUGUUCAUUGGCUCUGAAUAGAAAUACAUAUGUAGAGUAACGCACUGG